AUGGAUGCCAUACGGGCGGAUGUGCAGCAGCGCGUCUUCGCGGCGGCCCGCCGCUGGAUCGACCUUGACAGCGCCAUCGGGGGGGAGGAAGCCCCCGCCCGGCGUGUUGCAGGCUGGCAACUGGAGAUGGCGUUUGGCCACGUGACCUUCAUGGCCCUGGUCCGCCGCGAGGUCUUGUCCAUAUUCCAUUCGGUGUAUGCUUUCGUGGCGCAAAGCUACCGCGCCUUCUCCGCGCUGUGGCCUACGGGCAGAGAGGGGCUCGAGAACUACCUCGGCCUCAUGGUGCUGCUGGAGUCGCGCUGGACCAGAGAAUGGGCCCCCAUCGUCCACUCCUCGGACGCGAGCCUCCACAGCUACGGCGUGGCGGAGGCCUGCUUCGAGCCCGCGACCGUGGCCGAGAUGGGGCGGGUGUCGGAGCUGUAGAUAAGUCGCGAGCUGCCACCGUUCACGGCUACGCGGCGAGUGCAGCUGGCCAAGGAGCGUACUUGGACUGUUGGUCCUGGGAUUCGGGGAACCAUUCGGUCGGCCCAGGCCUGCUGACGUGCGCGGGCGUUUGCAGUGCAUGCCGAACUGGGGAGAGACUUGGAUGUAGAAGCCAUGGUUUGCACCCGAUUUGCCGAGCUUUGUGCGCACGCAGGCCGGUUACAAAUUG